GUGUAUAUCUGUGUGACCAUACAUAUCUGUGUGACCAUACACAUCUGUGUGACCAUGCAUAUCUGUGUGACCAUACAUACCUGCUUGCCGAUAGCGCGACCUCUUUAUUUUUCCCGGGCAUGUGGCCAGGAAGUGUAUAUCUGUGUGACCAUACAUAUCUGUGUGACCAUACACAUCUGUGUGACCAUGCAUAUCUGUGUGACCAUACAUACCUGCUUG